AUGACUCAAUUCACUUGUGAAAUUGCCUCUCCAGGCUUCUUCUUCCCGCCCGUCUUCUUCGACCCAACUGCACCGAUCCUCCCAGAGACAAUAGUAAAGCCUGAUCCUGAGAAACCCGACCUCUAUCCCGCUGGACCUUCGCAUUUCAAUUGGACAGGAGGAGUGCAUAAAUGCAAUUGCCAUGGUAUGUCAGACCGCUGUGAUGUGGUCACUGGAGUCUGCGCCAACUGCACAGGGAAUACAUCAGGUCGGGACUGUGGUGUCUGCGCUGUAGGCUUUGUGGGCGAUCCAAAGCUCGGCAAAGCUUGUGUCAAAUGUCGGUGUCCCACGACGGAGGCUGAGUAA